GUAGCAUACAGUUAGCCCACAGUUAGCCUACAGUUAACACAGGUAGCCUAGAGUUAGCCUAGAGUUAGCCUACAGUUAGCCUACAGUUAGCCUACAGUUAGCACAGGUAGCCCACAGUUAGCCUACAGUUAGCCUACAGUUAGCACAUGUAGCCUACAGUUGGCACAGGUAGCCCACAGUUAGCCUACAGUUAGCCCACAGUUAGCCUACAGUUAGCCUACAGUUAGCCUACAGUUGGCACAGUUAGCCUACAGUUAGCCUACAGUUAGCACAGGUAGUCUACAGUUAGCCUACAGUUAGCACAGUUAACCUACAGUUAGCCUACAGUUAGCCUACAGUUAGUCUACAGUUAGCCUACAGUUAGCACAGGUAGCCUACAGUUGGCACAGGUAGGCUACAGUUAGCCUACAGUUAGCCUACAGUUAGCACAGGUAGCCUACAGUUGGCACAGGUAGGCUACAGUUGGCACAGGUAGCCCACAGUUAGCCUACAGUUAGCCUACAGGUAGUAUACAGUUAGCCUACAGUUAGCCUACAGUUAGCACAGUUAGCCUACAGUUAACCUACAGUUAGCACAGUUAACCUACAGUUAGCCUACAGUUAGCCUACAGUUAGCACAGUUAACAUACAGUUAGCCUACAGUUAACCUACAGUUAGCACAGUUAGCCUACAGUUAGCACAGUUUCCACAUGAAUAGAUCCUGGUGAUCUAAACUGGUUGUCGAUUCUCAGUCUGAUGGUUGUUCCCUCCAAAACACGUCAGCAUCAUUUCACUGUGUAAGUCACAUGCACAACAGAACUAAAACCAUGAAUAGCAAACAUGAAUCUCUUGGAACAUUUGAUAAAUUAAUUAAUUGAGGGUCAGGUGACUAACGAAGGAGGAGUUUCACACAUGACCAAUCAAACAAUAUGUUUAGUUACCUGACAGGUGCUGUCCAUGAUUGUGAAUGCUGCCAAACAUGUACGAAGCUUGACCAGGACCAGUUCAGUUUCUGAACAUGCAGGCACCUGGCCUGUAAACGAGGAGUCAGGGUGUGUGGUGGUAGAAUAGAGACAAGAGGCCGAGGAGCACGAAGACGCCACGCUUAUAGACCAUGUUAUCCAACAUCGCGUCACAAUGGAGGAGGCAGGUCACCGAGUGCCCGGAUCCACAGGCUCCAUCAUCCAGACCUUCAGCAGGGACAGGACUGGACGACAACCUUGCACAGGUGGCAGAGGAAAACUUUUAAUGAGCAACAACAACAAGACCAAUAAUGCCAUCACACUGAGAUCAUAGAAGACAAUGCCAUAUUCCAAUGUCAACUCUCCGGAGACGCUUUCCGUCCCCCGUGUCUCCUCUCCGUCCAUCAUGGACACUUUUUUCCGCCGUCACUUCAAGAGGAAGGAAGUUGCUCUGCGGACGGAUGAAGACGCCAACUCGUGCCGCCAGCGUCGGCCCAGCGUUGCCGUCCCCACCAGCAAAGCCCGCCGGAGGUCCAGCGUGGGGCUGCCGUCCUCCACCCUGACCCAGCGGCGGCGCUCCAGCGUGCAGCUGCCGGCAGCCCCGCCCUGUGCCGGAGGGGGGCGCUUGGCAAAGACGUCCCGACACAACAGGUGGGCGGGACACGCCCGCAGGCGCUCCAGCACCACCACGCCCAGCGCCAACCCAAGGUUCGCCGUGUGCAGGAAGAAGGUGGGGAAGCUGCGCACCAUCGACACCCACCUGCUGGGCCCGUCCAUGCUGCUCGCCAGCCUCAUCCAGAUGACGGAGGAGGACGAGGAGGACGGCGCAGGGGCGGGGCUACCGGCCGGAGAGCAGCAGGUGGAGAUGAGGGGCGGGGCCAGCAGCCUCCACUCUGACGGCAGCGAGUACUCCACUGCCAACGACAGCCAAUCAGAAGACAGUCAGCUAUCAGAGGCGGAGCAGCUGGUGGAGGAGAAGGAUGACGCCUCCUGGUCAGCUGAUCGGAGCUUCUGCACCUCCUCUGCCGGUCCUGACUCCUCCUCCUCCGCCCUGCAGGUGAUGAGGAAGACUCCUCAGCCUUCGGCUUCAUCGCGGCCCCUCAUCCGGGCCCCACGCUGCCUCCGCAGGAACUCCUCCCAGGUGUUUUUAGGAGACUCAGCACCAUACGGCCGCUAUCGUGCCUCCACCCACAGGAAGAGGAGGAGGAUCUCCACCAUCUCCAAAGCCGGGAGCCCGUGGCCGGGCAGAGGGCCGCCACUGCCCAGCCGCAAGAACUCCGUCUACUACCUCAACCACGCGGCCUUGUACCACGGCCCCGGGGCCCUCAGCCCAGGGGCCCUCAGCCCGCUGGGGCCGCACUGCUACGGCGCCCAGCUGGAGACCUGGAGCAGCUUCCUGCUGAAAGCGAUCGCCAAGUCCGGUCUGCACGCGGCGGCUCAACCCAACGUGUCGACGUCCGGACAGACAAACGAGCUGCAGGAGCCCAACAGCACCGUCGACUGGAGCGACAACGCUCAGUUUGGAGACCACAUCUGGUUUGAGACCAGCGGCUCUGGAGACUUCUGUUAUGUUGGCGAGCAGUACUGCAUCGCUAAAUCUCUGCAAAAGUCUGUGGCGAGGAAGAAAUGUGCCGGCUGUAAGAUAUCUGUGCACACCAUGUGCAUGGAGCAGCUGGAGAAGAUUAACUUCAGGUGCAAGCCGUCGUUCAGGGAGCCGGGAUGUCGAGCUGUUCGAGAGCCCAACGUUGUGCGACACCACUGGGUCCACCGGAGGCGUCAGACGGGGAAGUGUCGACAGUGUGGGAAGGGAUUUCAACAGAAGUUUUCCUUUCACAGCAAAGAGAUCGUCGCCAUCAGCUGCUCGUGGUGCAAACAGGCCUAUCACAACAAGGUGACGUGCUUCAUGCUGCAGCAGAUUGAGGAGUGUUGCUCUCUGGGCGCUCACGCCGCCGUCAUCAUCCCCCCGACCUGGAUCAUCAGAGUCCGCAGAACUCAGACGUCUUUAAAGUCGAGUAAAAAGAAGAAGAGGACGUCGCUGAAGUGCAACAAGUCAAAUAAGAAAGGAGCCGAGCUCCAAGAUGGCCGCUGGAAGCCAUUCCUGGUGAAGCCUCUUCCCUCUCAGCUCAUGAAGCCUCUGCUGGUGUUUGUGAACCCAAAGAGUGGAGGAAACCAGGGAGCAAAGAUCAUCCAGUCGUUCAUGUGGUACCUGAAUCCUCGGCAGGUGUUCGACCUGACGAAGGGCGGACCCAGAGAAGGAUUGGAGCUUUAUGCCAAGGUGCCCAACCUGAGGAUCCGGGCCUGUGGAGGAGAUGGGACGGUGGGAUGGAUCUUGUCGGUAUUGGACCAGCUGAAGCUCCGUCCUCAGCCCCCCGUCGCCAUCCUUCCUCUGGGGACUGGCAACGACCUGGCCAGGACUCUAAACUGGGGAGGGGGUUACACUGAUGAACCCAUAACAAAGAUCCUCUCUCACGUCGAGGACGGGAACAUCGUCCAGCUGGAUCGAUGGAACCUGAAUGUUGAGGGGAACCCCGAGGCCCGACCGGAGGACCAGGACGAACAUCAGACAGACAAGCUUCCCAUCGACGUCUUCAACAACUACUUCAGUCUGGGCUUCGACGCUCACGUCACGCUGGGCUUCCAUGAAUCCAGAGAGGCCAACCCAGAGAAGUUUAACAGCCGCUUCAGGAAUAAGAUGUUCUAUGCAGGGACGGCCUUCUCAGAUUUCCUCAGCGGGAACUCUAAAGAUCUCGCCAAACACAUCAAAGUGGUGUGUGACGGGACAGACCUGACAGCCAAAGUCCAGGAGAUGAAGUUACAGUGUCUGCUCUUCCUCAACAUCCCCAGGUACUGUGCAGGCACCAUGCCGUGGGGUCACCCCAGUGAGCAUCAGGACUUUGAACCACAGCGUCACGACGACGGCUGCAUCGAGGUCAUCGGCUUCACCAUGACGUCUCUGGCCACGCUGCAGGUGGGCGGUCAUGGUGAACGCCUCCAUCAGUGUAAAGAAGUGACUCUCACCACCUACAAGUCCAUCCCCAUGCAGGUGGAUGGAGAGCCCUGCAAGCUGGCUCCAUCCAUCAUCCACAUCAGCCUGAGGAACCAGGCCAACAUGGUGCAGAAGGCCAAGAGGAGGAUCUCCAUGCCCCACCUCAACGAUCAGCAGCCAGUCCCAGAGAAGCUCCACAUCAGAGUGAACCGGAUCAGCAUGGUGGCGUACGAGGCUCUGCACUACGACAAAGACCAGCUGAAGGAGGCCUCGACGCCGCUCGGAGUGAUCACCGUUCCCGGAGACAGCGACCUGGAGACCUGCCGCCUGCUCAUUGAGCGUCUACACGACAACCUGGACCAGGACUGUGAUGAGAUGAAGGGACAGUGUCUGUCUGCACAGAAGCUGUCCAUGAAGUGGUGUUUCCUCGACUGUACGACUGCAGAUCGUUUCUACAGGAUCGACCGAGCUCAGGAGCACCUGAACUACGUGACCGAGAUCUCUCAGGAGGAGCUCUACAUCCUGGACCCGGAGCUGGUCGUCAAGGAGACGGUGGGAACCUCCCCCGGCAUGCCUGACCUGGUGGACUCUGAGGAGCACCAGGACCAGCAGAGACAGUUCUCCUUCCCCUCCUCCCCGACGUCCUCGACCACACCGAGGGUCAGAGACUUUCAGAGGAAGAGGAUUUCCAGCGACAGUUCGGUGGCUGAUGUUUUGUCGCAGAACUCCUCAAAGACUGCCCUCUGCAGCCCGUCCAGUUCUACCUCACAGCACCCCAAGAAAGACGCAGAGUUGAUCGACUGCAUCAAGACUGAAGACCUGAACCGACUGAUGGAGCUCCACCAGCAGGCGGCAGACCUCCUGAUGCAGGACGCCGCCGGCUGCACGCUGCUGCACCACGCCGUGCAGGCCGGAAACAAAGACAUCCUCAAGUACCUCAUCGACAACGUUCCCACGUCUCACCUGGACAUCACGGAGAGAGAGACAGGCGAGACGGCGCUCCAUAAAGCCGCCUCUUCCUGUCAGAGGAGCAUCUGUCACUACCUGGUGGAGGGCGGGGCGUCGCUCAUGAAGACUGACCUGCAGGGUGAGACACCCAAACAGCGCGCUGAGAAGGCCAACGACCACGACCUGGCCGAGUAUCUGGAGAACCGCCAACAUCACCAGAUGAUCCAGAGAGAAGACCAGGAGACGGCGGUCUGAGAUCCACACUGUCCGUCCACAAUCUCUGUCUGUCUUUAGGACUGUCAUUUCAUUUCUCCUCCACCCGUCCACGGGCCGGGUCCACGGGCCAGGUCCACAGGUCCACGGGCCGGGUCCACAUGAGUUAGAGCUUGUUGUUUGCUGUAGAUUUUCUUUGCUUUGAUUUAGUGGCUUGGUUUGGCCGCCCUCUGUCCGUCCGUCCGUCCUCGCUCUGGAGGACACUAACGUGGAUCAGACUGAAGACGCUCAGAUCUCCAGACUGUGUUUGAAUGCAGCUUUCAUCAGUGCUCUGACCUCAGCGGGUCACAUGACCGGCGUGCAUCCAGCAGCUGCUCGGAGCGAACACUGAGUGCUUUCAUCGUCUGCAGCUGAACUUUAGACGCUUCGGCCUGCUCGGGUAGGAUGGCUGCACAAACGUUUCUUCAACGUUCUCAUGACGUUUGGAUGUCUGUUUACUCACAAAGUGUUUGUUGACAUAUUUAACGUAGAUCAAUGAAACUAUUUAUGACUUAUUGUAGAUGAUCACAUGAUGUGUGACAUCAUCAGGACGCUUCAUGGUGACGCCCGUAUAUGGUCAGUGUUUGAAUAUUUAAACAGAAGCUGUAUUAAUGACAUCAUCAGUCAGGAUGACGUCAUACUGUAUGAUAUUAAGAAUGUUGGUUUGUUUGAUCAGAGAUCUGCAAUAAAAGCAUGUCGAUACAA